CCAUCUUCCAAACGUGAUAGGCGCUUCCGACAUCCGGUCAUAAGAACUACAACUCCCGGCGUUCAGUGUGACGUAGCGCUGGAUUCCCAGGAAUCUGUGGAGGAAGGAGGCCUAGAAACCGAAAACAAGAGGCUGGUCGAUCAUGGGGGCUGUCUGGGGCCGGAGGAUCGCGGGGGUAGAAGACAUCGAUAUCCAGGCAAACUCUGCGUACCGCUACCCACCCAAAUCUGGAAACUAUUUUGCUAGCCAUUUCUUUAUGGGGGGAGAAAAAUUUGAGACUCCACAUCCCGAGGGCUAUCUGUUUGGGGAAAAUAGUGACCUCAAUUUCCUUGGAAACCGCCCUGUCCAGUUCCCGUACCUGACCCCGGCCCCCCAUGAACCGGUGAAGACCCUACGUAGUCUGGUGAACAUCCGUAAGGAUUCCCUGCGUCUUGUCCGAUACAAAGAAGGAGCAGACAGUCCGCUGGAGGAUGGAGGAAAACCCAGAGUCCUUUACGGUCUUGAAUUCACGUUUGACGCAGACGCCCGUGUGGCGAUCACGGUUUACUGUCAGGCUAGCGAGGAGUUUGUGGGGGGGAUGGCAGUGUACAGUCCCCGCAGCCAGGCCCUACAGUCCCAGACGGUUUAUUAUAAGCGCGGACUGAGCCAGCACUUUUCCCUGCCUGCAUUUAAAAUGGACUUCAAUGACUGGAAGGAUGAGGAGCUGAACUUUGACCUGGAUAGAGGGGUCAUUCCUCUGGUCAUCCAGGCUGUCGUGGCUGAGGGCGGAGAGGGAUCAGGACACGCUCACGUCCUCUUGGCUGCAUUUGAAAAGCACGUCGAUGGUAGUUUUUCGGUGAAACCUCUGAAGCAGAAGCAGAUAGUAGAUCGAGUGAGUUACUUGCUACAGGAAAUCUACGGAAUUGAAAACAAGAACAACCAGGAAACUAAGCCCUCCGAAGAUGAGAACAGUGACAACAGCAACGAGUGCGUGGUGUGCCUCUCCGACCUGAGGGACACGCUGAUCCUGCCCUGCCGACACCUCUGUCUGUGCAACUCGUGUGCCGACACCCUGCGCUACCAGGCCAACAACUGUCCCAUCUGCCGACUGCCUUUCCGUGCCUUGCUGCAGAUCCGUGCCGUGCGGAGGAAGCCUGGACCCCUCCCCCCCAUUUCCUUCAGCCCGGUACUGGCCCAGACUCUGGAUCAUGAUGACACGUCUGGUGCAGAUAACAUCCCUCCAGGGUUUGAACCCAUCUCUCUGCUUGAGGCUCUAAAUGGGCUCCGCUCUCCUCCCGCCACUGCCCCCCUAUAUGAAGAGAUUCCUUACAGCGAGGGCCUUCCCGCGCGGGGGCCCCCGGACAACUCUCAUCAGAAAACCAAACAUGUGAAGACUCCGGACAGUGGUCUGCGAUCUCCGUCGUCUCCCAUCCAUGAAGAGGACGAGGAAGUGACGGGAGUCUGUGACGCAGAGAGGCCGGCCUUAGUCGGGUCCCUCAGCGGAGACUCUUCACAGAUAGAGAAUAUCUCCUCUGCUGACACUCCAGAGAUCGUCUCAGCACAUCGAGGAUCUCGAUCACAGUCUCAGAUCGAUGAGCCGAUUGAAAGUCCAGAUUCCCAGGAGCUGAAAGAAGAUGAAACCCAAGACGUAUCAGCGCUGGGUCCAGAUUCCUGUUCUAUUGGGAUUGAUGAGUGACGGAUGUGAUUUCCAACCAAAUCAUUGAACAAAAAUUCCUUCUCGCUGCGCCCCCCACACACUGUUCUCCGCACCGGGGGGGGCGUUCCGGGUUGUGGCUCGAUCUCUUCUCCAAUCGUGUACAUUCCAGAGGGGCCGGUAGUGUCGCCUCCCACAUUGUAUCUCAAUCUGUGGCCCCAUCUGUAGGCGAUCUACACUACAACGUGCCAGGCUGUAUAUAAAUGUCCGUUUUUAGUGCCCGCUUGAUGUGCCAUGUGACAGCGUAUAUAUUGUUACUGUGCCAGCCUUGUGUGCAGCUGUGAGCGUGGUGCCACAUGUGCCAGCCUGCAUGUUUGCAUUGCAGUGUGUACAUAUUGGUAGUCGGGGGCUUGGACGUUUUCUUCCCAGAAGGCCCAGUGACUAAGGCAGCAGCUCAUCCCCCUUUUUCUGCACUUUGUAGGUGACUUGUCACUAUGGCUGCCGCCAUGCCACUCUCCCGAUUGGCCCCGGGCUCCCUAUAGCUAACUCGCCCAUUGUUCUUGAUGAUGUAGCCAUAAGGUUUAGGAUGCCAACGGUUUGUUAUCCCCAAGCAAUAGGAUAGGAAAUAACAAGCUUAUAGGUGGGACCCCUGCCGAUCCUGAGAACGGGGUAGGGGCCACUACUGCAUUAAUUCUCUGUGAGGCCGUUGAAUGUUUCAGAUGGCAUUUUGAGGUUUAUAAAUUAUAGGCGACAACCCUCGUGUUGUGGUUAUGGGUGGGCAUACUAGAUGUCACCCAGAUGUCCCCCAAAAAAAUAAAAAUAAAGCCUGAAACAAUUAAAUGUUUUUAGCUUUAUUUAAGAUGACUCAAGGACUCUUUAUACUACAGGGCAGUGUUUCUCAACCAGGGUGCCUCCAGCUGUUGCAAAACUACAACUCCCUGCAUGCCCGGACAGCCUUUGGGAGUUAUAGUUUUGCAAAAGCUGGGGGCACCCUGGUUGAGAAACACUGCCCUAUAAGGAUAUUUUGUUUUGAUAAUGGCUCCACCUUAGGCCAGGUCUCCAUGAUGAUACGGCGUCACUGAAUUUGCCACGAUUUGCGGCACCGCAGAGACCCUGCCCUUACAGAGGACACUAACUCAAGCGGCUAUUAACCCUUUAUGCUGCUCAUUUGAAUGUUUUGGCCGUGAAGGGGUUAAGCCUGUAUACUUGACUACAGGAAGGUUAUUACUACAAACUCCGGAAAAUGACUGUUUAUAAAAAAUAAAAAUAAAAUGAUUUUUGUCCAUUUUAAAAGAGAAUAUCGUGUAAUAAAAGAAUAAAUUCUUGACAAAGCUUCAA